GAGCGAGAAAGCAACAGAGGGACAACUUCGGACAGCAGCAAGCAGUGCUUUGGAUACACGCCCAGCCCAGCCCGGUUCAGCUUCCACUCGAACAUUUUCUCAACAGACACAAGCCCACCCAGACUUCCACACCACAUCAACACCUACCCUCCCUUCACAACACCACCUCGAAACACCAGCAAAGCAGCCAAAAUGGUCACCAAGUGCGGUAUCAACGGCUUCGGCAGAAUUGGACGUAUCGUCUUCCGCAAUGCCAUCCAGCACGGUGAAGUCGAGGUCGUUGCCGUCAACGACCCUUUCAUUGAGCCACACUACGCUGCGUACAUGCUGAAGUACGACUCCACACACGGAAUCUUCGAUGGCAAGAUCGAGGUGGAUGGCUCCGAGGGCCUCAUUGUCAACGGCAAGAAGAUCAAGUUCUACAUGGAGCGAGACCCAGCUGCCAUUCCAUGGGGAACCGCCGGUGUCGACUACGUCGUCGAGUCUACUGGUGUCUUCACCACCACCGAAAAGGCAUCUGCACACAUCAAGGGUGGUGCAAAGAAGGUCGUCAUCUCUGCACCUUCUGCUGAUGCCCCAAUGUUCGUCAUGGGUGUGAACAACAAGGAGUACAAGUCCGACAUUCCUGUCAUCUCGAACGCUUCAUGCACAACCAACUGCCUGGCUCCUCUCGCCAAGGUCAUUCACAGCGAGUUCACCAUGAUUGAGGGUCUCAUGACCACCAUCCACUCGUACACUGCCACCCAGAAGACCGUCGACGGCCCAUCCGGCAAGGACUGGCGUGGAGGCCGUACUGCGGCCCAGAACAUCAUCCCAUCGUCGACUGGUGCCGCCAAGGCCGUCGGCAAGGUCAUUCCAGACCUCAACGGCAAGCUUACUGGCAUGUCCAUGCGUGUCCCAACCGCCAACGUCUCUGUUGUCGACUUGACCUGCCGCAUUGAGAAGGGCGCCACCUACGACGAGAUCAUUGCUGCGUUGAGGAAGGCUUCCGAGGGCGAGCUCAAGGGUGUUCUCGCUGUCACCGACGACGACGUCGUCUCCAGCGAUCUCAACGGCAACAUGCACAGCUCUAUCGUCGAUGUCAAGGCCGGUAUCUCCCUCAACAAGAACUUCGUCAAGCUUGUCUCCUGGUACGACAACGAGUGGGGUUACUCCCGCCGUGUCAUUGACCUUUUGGCAUACAUUGCCAAGGUUGAUGGCAACGCUUAAGCGAUGUCUUUCCGCAGAAAACCACAUACCAAAAGCACCAGCAAUGCCUACAGAGCAAAUCAGCAGAGAGUGUAGUACGCGAGGAUCAAUGGACCUGCGGAAUCACCAAGAGCUAUGCAGUGCAUGACAUGACUAUAGCUAGCAGAAAGCGAGCUAGACGAUUAUGAUAUCAUAACAAAGGUACAGACAUGUUUUACCAGACCAGUGCAUGUUUAAGGUACCGUGCAACCAUGUAGUGAUACCUUACGUGAGAAUCAGGUGCAGUGCCGCAGUCCUCAAAUCCGCUGAACCGCAUCUAGAUCUGUCGCUCCCACUCCGCACCGCUGGUACGAGAAUGACGUCUGUAUAUCCACCAAAAGAUCCGUACAGUCGGCAAGUCAUGCAUGCAGAACACGUGGAAUAUAGUAGGGAACGAGCAGCGGUACCGUCUGUGGUGAUCCUCAUCACCAAGCCUCUGGUAUCUUCUAGGCUUGAAAGCCUGCUGAAGAUGACACGACGACUGGGCCUGGCUAGUGAUACCCGCUCUGAUACAAUAUAAUCCAUUACCAUCGCGACUGCAUUCACUGCUGGGACGAGCAUGGGGUAUUAUCAUACCGGUUCCCGGGUCCGCGACCACAAGAGAUCCGCCGCCGCAAUCUUCGCCAUGUGGCCAGCGUUGAAAGUCAUUAAUAAGUAAAAGACUCAACUCAUCUGCUUCCAAUCAUUGGCUUGCUCCCAGGCAUAUCCCACACGAUACACCGUUUCUUCCGCCCACCAUUUCCCCACAAUCUGCAUCCCCACGGGCAACUUGACAUGCUCGUUCCCCGCAGCAGGACCCUCCAAGGGCGAUAAUCUCCCUAUGGGCAUCGCCAGUGCUGGAUGACCCGAUUGAUUGAAUUGGCACGUAUUACUCACCAACCCGACUUGCUUCUUGAUCUGUUCGAGAGGAGUCGCACCCGGUUCACAAUGCGAAGUUGCCACAUAGGGCAGUGUGGGCGUGAGUAAGACAUCAUAUUCUUGCAAUGCCACAUCAUACGCAUCACGCAGUUUCCGCGAGAG